AUGCUAGAAGUCUAUUCCUUGCUUCUCAGUGGUGCUUGCAUGUUUUUAACGUCAACGGGGACCUUACAACAGACACCCUGGUUUCAGGCGAGCUCGAGGCAGGACUGUGGGAUCGGUAAAGACAUUCAGAAUCUCAAGUGCGAGAUAAUCACGAAACUGAAUUCGUCGGUGGUAGCUGUUGGGCUCGACGACCUGGACAGGGGCGUGAAGAAAACCCACAGCUUCGCCGGCAGCGAUAUCUCGAAAACGAGCCUGACGAGCAGCGAGAACACCGAUGUGUCGAUUAUCACUACCACGACGGAGGGCAGCCCCUCGUUGCUCAGCACCGAGGGUUUCUGCGAGGGUGAAAGCACCGACAUCUCGCCGGGAUCGACGCUCAACAAAUCCAACAGAUGCACGCCUACGAUGAUCACGGACAGCGAGAACGAGAUCACGAUGAUCUACGACGAGGACAACGACGACGACGACGACGACGACGACAACGACGACAACAACAAGGACGAGGAGACGCUGAUCAUGGAGAACGGUUCUAAAUCAUCGAAGAAGAAGUUGGGAAUCGGCAGAUCGAGGGCGCAAAGGGAGAAGACUGCAAAGGCAACGGACGUGACCGAGCCGACGAAUAUCGCGAGAACGGAGAGUAAAGACGACGGGAUGGACUGUAAUUUUGUGUCAGAGGACGAGGAAAGGGAGCAGGAGCCGAUUUACGUGAACGCUUGCAACGAGGCGAAUUCAAGAAAUUUGGAAGGGCACGCAGGAGGGACUGUGAUUGCCGAAGUGCCGAAAAUAAACGAGGAUUAUAGUAAUAACAAUAACAGCAAUGCAGGAGGCAAUAAUAACAAUAGCGUAUGCUUAAAAAUGGAAAUUGAAGAUCACAACGUGGAGGAAACCAGCGGGAACUGGUACAGCGACCCGGACGAGGAUAAAGUCAACGACGACGUCUUUAGGCACAGCACGUAUCGACCAAACAGCAAUCAUAAUUCCGUUUUGGAGUGCGUUAAUCAGAUACUUUUACGAGACAUGGAGGAAGAGGAGAGCAUUCUUUCCAUACCUAGACGAUUUAAGCAUCGAGGAAGAAUCGUUCGAUUUCAGCCAGCCAAAUUGUCCGACAUCGAGUCCGUGGGAUCCGAAAUGGAGAGAAAGAAUUCGGACGAAGGAAUCAUAGAGAAAGAAUCAGGUAGUAGCAACGAAUUCACCGCCGACGUUUCUGUCAACGGUUUCGAACCCACUGCUACGGAGGAUGAGUUUGGCAUGAGUCUCAGCGAAAGCGUUCCAACGUCAAACCACGUUGCAACCACGAUCGCGAACCACGAGUCGUCGAGUCUUGGGGAAGAAUCGGAGGAAUCGAAGGCCAUUCCGAUCGUCAUUAUAGAGCCAAAGGUCGAGAUAGAAACAACGAAGCACGCGACUUUCCCCUCCUCGCAGGCGAUGCAAAAACCAAAGACGUCUGUAAGCGCGUCGAAUCCACCUUUGAAAUUGGAACGAAUCGAGGAGAAAACCUGUUUGCAGAUGUCUACGAAAGGCCUGACCAUAGCGAAGAAUUUAGACUACGAGGACAUCGAGUCGCUUCCGGAGUUCAUAUCUCCACCCCCUAAAACACCCCCUAUGUUACCUCCGAAGCCACAGUUCAAAAACAACACGUUAAUCUUGAAGAAAAUACCCAGCCCCUCGUUUCUGAUCGACGAAACGCGAAAGAAGCAGCAACUCUUCGAAUCUAACUCGUCUGAGCACAGCAAGAAAAUAUUCGGCUUUAUAUCCUCCCCGUUGAAAUCCGCGGGGAUUAACGUUGUCUCGUCUGCGAGAAGCUUGAACUUCGACGACGCGAUCAACAAAGUAACAGGGAACAGCGAAGAGGGGAACUUUUGGAAGAACAGAUUCAAUAACGUUCGGUCCUCCUUUCAGGCACGACAGAACCACGAAACCAGCGGGGAACCACAAACGCGAAAAAUUCCCCGAGUCACCAACAUCGUUCGCCAUUUUGAGGAAUUCAAAAUUGGCGGCGAAUCGGAGGAUCAAACGAAGGAACGCACAAAAACGAAAGAGAAACACGUUCAUUCGGAAUUCGAUCAGGAGUUCGACAUCAGACAAAAUUUCGAGGAGUUCAAUUUAGACGAGUGUGAUUUGUCGGAUGAUCCGGACAGACCGGAGGGUGAUGGAUCGGAGAGGCUCGGCAAUCUUGGGGCGACGGUUGGUCAGAACGAGAAAACUGCCGCAACCAAAGACAAUAAUAAUGUUCCUCUUGCUGCGAGCAAUUCGAGCAGCGGCUAUGAUCACUUUUUAGAAGCGACAGGUCUUAGCAAUAAAUCCAUACUAACCCCCUCAAGGUUGCUGAGCAACCAUAAGAGCAUGUUAAAGCCGAAAGACGUCAAGUAUAAGAAUAAGAUCAAAGCAACAGCGGUUAUGGAGAAACACGGUGUCUCCACGACCAGCAAUACUACUCAUAUUAGACAUUGGACGGGUCCGUUUGUUUGACGACUGGCUCAAGUCUUUCCAAAAGGUCUGUUUCGACAAGAAACAUCUGCCGAAGGAACGUGAAUUGACAAGCAAGGGAGAGAAUUAGUAACUAGAUACGAAUUAGUGAAAAUUCAAACCGUGCUACGAACAUGAUAAUUUGAGUGUAAAGUAUAAAGUAAAUCCUGUAAAUUGUUAUUAAUGUUUUCUUUUUAAUACGAUGCUUUUGUCAGAUUUUUAUUACUAAAGAAAUUAAAGAAACGUAAAAGUUAAUUUAUUUAUAGCAGCUUCAAUUUAAAGGAUGCUUGAACGUGUUGUAUAUUUUGAUAAAAUGUUUCUUAUCUAUUUAUAGCGUUACUAAUAAAAUCGAUAAAUUGAAUAAUUGACAUACGUCAUUGACAGUGAUUUCUAACGUAAUUGUACAUACGUUAAUAUAGACUUCUGGCUACGGAGUGCCACGAGUAAAUUUGCAGUUUAUUGCAAAAAUUAAUUUUUUUCAUUGCGAGAAUCUUUAUGUUCUGUUAUUUCCUAUCGAAAGUCGUUCAAGAAAAACUGAAAAUGUUAAAUUAUUGUAAGUUUACAUUAAUCCGUAAUUACGUUCACGCGAUAAAAUUUUUAUAAAAUUUUAAAUACUAAAUUUAAAGAGUAUCUCAAUUAAUUAUUACUUAAACUUUGUAGAAUUUACUGCAUGUAAUUACGGGUUAUCUAUUCGUCGACUAAAUGCUAUAAAAGCAAAAUAUGUAUUUCAUAAAAGUAUUAAAGGCAUUGUAUGAUAUUGAAUACUGA